AUGAUCUUCAGAGGAAUGGUUUCACAUCUAAACAAUUUGACUGACAAUGAAAUGAGGAUAAUAUAUAGGUUUGGAAGAGACUCUAUAGCCUACAUAUGCAAUAUUGUGGAUGAUAAAUUGAGAAGAUCUACAGCAAAGAAAACUGCUCUAACAGUGGAGCAACAAGUAUGCAUAGCCUUGAGGUUUUAUGCCUCUGGGUCAUUUUUACAAGUAAUUGGAGAUACAAUGGGCUACGACAAAGCAACAGUAUCUAGAGCAGUGAAUGAUGUUACCAAUGCUUUACUUGAUGUGAAAGACAACUUCAUCCAGUGGCCAAAAGACAUCAAUUCUAAAAACAGGAUGAAGUGUGGGAAAUUUACCAAUAUUUCUGCUAACUGGCCAGGGUCAACCCAUGAUUCCCACAUCUUCAACACAUCAAACCUAUGUCACUACCUGGAGACAAACAACAGAGGACUUGCAGACGGUUUGAUACUAGGAGACAGCGGGUAUGCAUGUCGCCCUUUUCUCAUGACACCAUAUCUAAAUCCCAGAGAAAGACACCAGCAAAGAUUAAAUAGAGCACACUCCAGUACAAGAUCUAUUACUGAAAGGGCUUUUGGAAUCUUAAAGCGAAGAUUUCAUGUUUUACACUCUGAGGUCAGAAUGAAACCAGAAAAAGUCUGUCGAGUGUUUGGUGCUUGUGCUGUUCUUCACACCAUAGCUUUAACAAGGAAUGAACCUUUGGAAGAUGUUUGUGGUGUAAAUGUUCAGCAAGACCAGCCAGUGCAAGUUCCGAAUUUUGAAGGAGAACAGGAUGGUAGACACAUUAGAGAGCAUAUCGCAAGAGUUUUCUUCAACUGA